GCUGCAGGGAGUCGAGGAGAGGGCAGCAUGUGUGCGAAGGCAGCCUGGGCGGUUCUGCCAGACUUUGGCAGCAUAAGACAGCGUGGCCCAGCUUGAUGUCUGUGCCCGUAGGAGUGAGACAGCGGGAGCUGUGGCAUGCUCAGGAGAGUGGGACCGUCUCUGCGUCACUUCUUGCUGGAGAGGAAGAGCAGCGCUGGAUAUAGCUCGUAUUCCAGUGAGGAAAAAAUGUCAAGGCCAGUGCAAGCUCGGAGACUGGAGGGAAUAGAUAAGAAUAUCUGGGUGGAAUUUGUAAAACUGGCUGCCACCUACUCCACGGUGAACCUGGGCCAGGGCUUCCCUGAUUUCCCCCCACCAGACUUUCUGAAGAAGGCGUUCGUGAGAGCCCUCAGCGGGGAGAACCACAUGCUGCACCAGUACACCCGUGGCUUUGGCCAUCCACCUCUGGUGAAGAUCCUAGCCCAGUUUUUUGGGAAGCUGCUUGGACGAGACGUGGAUCCUAUGACCAAUGUGAUGGUGACUGUGGGGGCAUACCAGGCUCUUUUCUGCUGCUUCCAGGCUUUUGUUGAUGAAGGUGAUGAGGUGAUAAUCAUUGAGCCCUUCUUUGACUGCUAUGAGCCGAUGGUGAAAAUGGCUGGUGGGAUGCCCGUGUUUGUCCAGCUGAGACCGAAAGCUCCAAAAGAUGGACAGUUGAUGUCUAGUGCAGACUGGCAGCUGGACCCAGCUGAACUGGCUUCUAAAUUCAGUGAACGGACAAAAGCCAUCGUCCUGAACUCACCCAACAACCCUCUGGGCAAGGUUUUCAGCCGAGAGGAGCUGGAGUUCAUUGCAGACCUGUGCGUGAAGCACGACGUCCUGUGCAUCAGUGAUGAGGUGUACGAGUGGCUGGUCUACGACGGAAAGGAGCACAUCCGCAUCGCCAGCUUGCAGGGGAUGUGGGACCGCACGGUGACCAUCGGGAGCGCUGGGAAGAGCUUCAGUGCCACUGGAUGGAAGGUGGGCUGGACUGUGGGAUCCAACCGGCUGCUGCAACACCUCCGUACCGUGCACCAAAACUCAGCGUACCACUGUGCCACAGUGGCCCAGGAGGCCGUAGCUCAGGGUUUCCAGAGGGAGCUUGAGCUCUAUGGGAAACCAGAAAGCUACUUCAUCCAACUACCCAAGGAGCUGCAGCAGAAGAGAGACUGGCUGGUCCAGAGCCUGGAUGCAGUGGGGAUGAAACCCAUCAUCCCUGAGGGCACCUACUUCUUGGUGGCAGACAUCUCCGAGUUCAAAUCCGACGUCCCUGAUGUCCCCGACUCUGAUGAGCCCUACGACUCCAGAUUUGCAAAGUGGAUGGUCAAGAACAAGGGACUUGCUGCCAUCCCGCUCUCUGCUUUCUACUGUGGGGCCCACAAGAACAACUACAACCAUUUCAUCCGGUUCUGCUUCGCAAAGGAGGAAGCCACACUGAAGGCAGCAAAUGACAUAUUGCAAAAAUGGAAACGGGAGAAAACCAGUCCCUGAGCACACUGGAGAGAAAACCUUGGUCCACACCAGCCACAACCAUUCUUCCUCCUCUUCCUUUGCUUGGCUACAAACUUCGAUGUGUCUUUUUUUUGGUGUGCUUUCAACUACAUUUUCUCUCAGAUAAAUGGUUAAGAGGUUUGCCAGGCCCAGGGUCUGGAGGACACUGUCACUGUGAAAUGAUUGCACUGUUUCUUGCAAAAAGUGAACCUUCACAUGCACUGCCAGUAUUCAGCGUUUCUCCUUAUGUUUAAAGACUUUGCUAAUCAGUUCUGGGAUGCAUCCAGCAAGACACAAGGUAAGGAUGGCUCCAGGGGGCUUUUCCACCACCAAAUUCUGAAAAGGUGUUUCAGGACCUACCUUUAGGUCUAUGCUGGUGGGUUACUGUCUUGUCUUGCUCCACGUCCCCACUCAUGUACCCCAGGGCACAGGGCAGCAUUUCCACCAGCAUCUGUGUUUGCCACAGGACCGGGCAGUAUCACUGCCCCUCAGAAGGUUGAUUCCUUGAAUCCUGAAAUUUACAAACCCAGUGAAAUGGUGUUUCCCAUAAUUAACAAUUUUCUUACUGUUUUUUCUUCUGUGCAUGUCCAGAAGGUGAUCACAAAAUCGGUAACUGGUUUCCCCCAGGAAAGAGGCUUUCUUAAAUAGUCCAGCUAUUGCCAAACCUUCCCUCUGCAGCCCCCAAACUACCCCCGGUGCUUUGUCAGGGCUUGGCAGCAUCACCCAGGCUGCAAAACAAAACCUUCAGGCCUUUGACAAGUGCACAUGGCAACCAGGAAGGAUGGGCACAGUGGCCUCAGGCUGCUCCUGCUGCUGGUGGCCCCCGCAACCCGCCACCCACUGGGCUGGUGGGGUAACGUGAGUGUUUUGAAAGAUAAUUCUUGAUUUCAACCUGGGUAAGAAUGUAAUCCAGCAUCAAUCCUGCAGGAGUUAUGUGUAACAGACUGUGCAAUAAGUAUUUGUGGCAGUUAAAUUAUUAAAGAUGAAUUAUUGCAAUUA